AUGAGUAGCAUUUCACGACCUGAGCCUUGGACCCAAGCUUCAUUUAAAUGUACUGCCAAUUUGGUGGUAUCAAGAAAGAAUACCUUCAAAGCUUAUUGUAUUUUCGCGCAUAUUGAUUUAGAUGAGAAUAUUGUUGAGAGCAUCAAUAGCGAUAAUCCAACCUUUAGUUUAAAUCCCCAUCCUCAAUUACCACUUUACAAAGAGGAAUCAUUUAAAGCGGAAAUAUGUGAGAAAUUUCAAUUGUUUCGACAUUUCGAAAAAACAAAAAUUGGAAGGGAUACUUGUUUGAAUAUUGGUGAACAAUUUGAGGAUCUGACCUAUAGAAAAAUUCUGUCAUUUAUGCAACUUUUUCCAAAGUGGUAUUCAAAAGAUUGUUCACUCAAAAAGUCGAACGAAAAUUGA